GACCCACGGACGUGAGAAGGAAUUGAAACAGCCUGGUGUAGGAGGGUUGCUUCCUGCGUAUGUCGAUGUCAGGAUCAUUGCUUGAGAUGUCCUGAAAGCACGUUCUACGGGUCAGGGUACCCUUGCCGCCUGUGACCGCAAAGAAGCAUGUCUUCGGGAGUGGUGUUCAAAUUACUCUCGCUCGCGGUCAGGACUGCAGCGAAGCCGAUUGGAAACUACAUAAAGCGCCAAGCAAAAGAACAUGAAGGCUUCCGAAAGUUCGCGAUCAAGCAGGCUCAGCGGGUGCAUUGGCUCGACAUGCGAAUGCGACUGGGCAUACUACACGAUCCGGAAGCUCAACAGCGCAUGCACGAGCGGGAGCAGAAGGCUGCGGAAGAGCGGAAGAGGAAGGCUGAGACGCCGACAGUGAGGACGGAAGCUGAGCAGAAGGAGUAUGAGGAGCAGCAAGCGCGGUCGGAGAAGGAGCGGAAAGACGGCAAGAAGAAGGAAGACAAGACGCCUAGAAUCACCAUUCGGCCAUUGAGCGAUGCGCGAGCCAUUGAGCUGGGGGCCAACUUCUUCUCCGAGAUGUUCGUGUUUGGCGUAGCAGCUGGCUUGAUUCUGGUAGAGAGCUGGCGGAGUGGGAAGAAGGAGAGUAAAAGGCGUGACGACGUAGCGGAGAGACUUGCGGCACUGGAGUCGGAGGUUGAGCGGUUGCGGAGCAGAUAUGAGCCGGAGCUGGCUGAGAUCAGAGAAAAGGUAAAGCCCGACACGACGAGUAGUUGGUGGAAUCCGGCGGGCUGGUGGACGCGGACAGACCCCAAACAGAGUGAUGAUGUGUCUGACAGCACAGCUGGCACGGUAGCAAUCGCUGGCAAUGUGCCUGUUCAGCAACCAGACAAGGCUGUCAAGCCACCUGAGUCCGCAGCUCAACGAUCCAAGGCAGCUGGCUCAUGGAAACACGACAAUGCGUCAGGUGCAUCAGAGAGAGCACGAUCUGCGACUUCCACACCGGAGGCCGCAGUUGAGCGUGUUGACUCGGUAAGCGCGGCGAAAAAAGAGCGAUGAUGUGAGCAAGAGUCUCCUCUCUGUGUUGACUGUACGAUAUACCCCACUCGUGCUUAAUGGCAUAGCGAAGGCGCUGGUGGUAUGUAUGAUUACUGUAGAGCAUUUUCACAGACCCA